AAGGAAACUGGAACGGAUUAAAGAUAUUAAUACCUGCCAGAAAUAGAAAUGAAGAAAGAAUUGAACCGUAUUUACUUGAGUACAUAUGGCGAAGACAAUAUCAAGGUCAGCUGUGGACCACAAUGAUUGAAGCAAUAAGAAAUGAAUUAUUAAUCGAAGACAAACAAGAAGAUAAACCAAGUAUGGAAAUCGACACAAUCGAAAUACGUGAUGAUCCAAAACAACCCUAA